CACAACUUGUUCAUAAUAAGUUGUGUCUUAUCAUCAUCAAUCAACAGUGAUAUAUUCAUUAUCAUGUGUACCGAAAAGUACCACGUCCGCGGGGAAGAGAGAACUGCAGGCUUGCUCAUGCUUCGCCUCCUCAUCCGAAAGCUCCAACGGGGUCUCUCGUUUUCGGCGGCGGCCGGAGGAGAAGAUCAUGAAGAUCGAGAAACGUCGACGAGUAGUACUGCCGCCGUACCGGACGACGUUAAGGAAGGGCAUUUCGCGGUUUUCGCGGUGAAGGGCGGUGAGAGAAAGAGGUUUGUUGUUAAGCUUGAGUUCUUGAAUAGCCCUGCGUUUCUCGGGUUACUUGAGCAGGCUGAGGAGGAAUAUGGUUUUGAGCAAACCGGAACUCUUGUCGUUCCUUGUAAACCUGAGGAGUUGCACAAGAUUUUGAGCAUGAUUGAAGAAUGCUAGCUAGAGAUUAAUGUCUGAA